AAUUAUACAUUGUAACUCGGAGCACGAUCCAGACCGAUCUUGAGUGGCAGAAGCUCCUCACCUCAGCAUUCACGCUGCGAAUACAGUCCGAUCCGCCCCAACACGGCAUCCAGUGUCAACGCCACAACAUCUGAUCGUAAUCAGCGGAGCAGCAAUGUUAUUCAUAGACUCCUUUGGCUGGAUACUAAGCUAUAGUAUAGAACGAAGUCAUGUACAAGUGACUUGAAGUAACGUUAGUUAGUUAGUUCACGGAUGGCACUAUGCUAUGCUCCGACCACUCGGAGAUGUUACUGAGCAACGGAUUUUAGACGGUGCUCUGACCGAUUUGGCGACCUCGGAGUCAUGCUACAAGUAGCUCCUGUUUCAACUGUUCUCUUUCAUUCUGCGUUGCAUUUCAUCGUGUCAGUGUCGCGUAUCGAGGGCGGGAAAGUCGUGUGCAACGCAGCUGCAGGCACUGGGAACUUUGGUUAUCAUCACGCCGUCAUGUCGGGAAAUCAAUCUCCCUGACCUGAUCUUGUACAAGUCCACAGCUAUCCGCGGUGGAAUCCGAAAUAAUAAUUACCCGCGCGCCAUACAGGGUAGGCCUGUGACAACCUGGUUGUGGGCUUUCGGCGUUUGGAGGGCUUGCCUGCGGUGAAGGGCGCACAGCGCAGAGACCUGUGCGCAAGCUGGGCUGGCCCUACCGGUAUACCACCUGGAGCAUGAAUGGGAAUGGGUGGCAGGUGAAAAUAGUCAGAGGCGCAGCGCGGUGAGCGGAGGAGGAUGGACUCACUGACUGGCGACAGCGCGCGUCACCAGCGACCAACGGAAAUGCCGGGACAAGUACAAAUACAAGUCGCUGCAACUGGGCAGCUAUUUCCUGUUCGUCACAUUCUCUACGUCUUGCUGACGGCGUUCUUAGCUUCAGCCCAAGGUAUUGAAGAGGAUCGGAAUCAGCGCAUACCAGGUGAUCGUCAGUACUCGGAACAUGAUGCCGAAGGGACGCACAUACUAGGACUGGAUGACCUACAUGCAUGGUCUACGUGGAGCUCGUGGGCGGCAUGUCAGCAGGUUUGCGGUGGCUACACUCGACGCAGUCGCGAGUGCGACAGUGUCUGGGCGCCGGCCUCGGAAUCGCCGCACGGCAGCACAUGCCAGGGCCCCAAGACCGAGUACAAGCCUUGUCGUGCCUGCACCACUGACUGGUCUGCGUGCAGCAGCUCCUGUGGCAGUGGUGUGCGCCAGCGCAUGCUUGACGGUAACAACGUCACCGAGCACUGCACAGAACAGCCGUGUCCGUAUUGGCGUCCAUGGAGCAAGUGGAGCUGGUGCACGGCAACGUGUGGCGUAUCGGUGCGUCAUCGCACUCGUAGCUGCUCCGAGCCUGGCCGCUGCCGGGGCGACACCUUCCACAUCGAGCAGUGCAGGAGACCGGCGUGCGCGGACCGCGAUGGCGUGCAGCAGUUUUCCCCCUGGUCAGAAUGGUCAGCCUGCACGGCGAAUGCCUCGCUCGCCGCAGGGUUUUCAUUCCGAUCUCGCCAAUGCCAGGUGUUAGCAAGCGGUUGCAUCGGCAAGCGAGUCGAGUACAAACGCUGCUAUUGGCCGCACGAAUGGACAGCCUGGUCAGAGUGUAGCGUGUCCUGUGGAGGCGGGCAGCGGCAUCGCACUCUGAUCUGCUUUGAUUUGCUGUCCGUCGGUCCGUGCCCGGAGCAGGAUAAGGUGGAAACAGAGACGUGCAACUUGCACGCAUGCCCCGUGCACGGCGGAUGGAGUGCGUGGAGUAACUGGACAGGCUGCUCCGUGUCAUGCGGCUCUGUAGGAUUUCAGGAGCGACGGCGUGCCUGCAAUAGUCCCGAGCCUGACGCGCUCGGCAAUGACUGCUCAGGACAAAGCAAUGAGCUACGCCUGUGCCGUCCACCGGAGUGCCCAAUCGACGGCGGUUUUAGCAACUGGACUGAGCCUACCCCGUGCACGCAGUCCUGUGGAACGGGACUUCAAGUACAGCUACGCACCUGUACUAACCCCAUGCCACAGCAUGGUGGAUUGGAGUGUGAGGGCUCACUGGCACGCAUUCUGCCAUGCAACACACAUCACUGUCCGGUUGCGGGUGGAUUCGGACCGUGGACGCACUGGGCCAGCUGUUCUGCUACAUGCGGCGGCGGAGUGCAGUAUCGUCGACGCGACUGCGACAGUCCUGCACCGCUGCACGGCGGUGAGAACUGCCAGGGUGAAUUCAACCAGUCGCAGCCAUGCGGUCACGCUCCGUGCCCAAUCGACGGCGUGUAUGGCAACUGGUCUGCGGUGAGCACAUGCAAUGCUCCCUGUGGUAAUGGUACGUCGUAUCGCAACCGGUCAUGUGACAGCCCAAGUCCACAGUAUGGUGGUAAAGGCUGUGUUGGCCCGGCAGUAGAGGUCUUUGAUUGCUUUCUGCGGCAUUGUCCGAUUGAUGGUGGCUUCGGUAACUGGAGCAAGUGGUCGGUGUGUUCAGAAGAUUGUGGUCCUGGAGUAGAAAACAGAACUCGUGAGUGUGACAAUCCUAUUCCUCAGUAUGGAGGUCUACCGUGUCUGGGCCACACGAUGCAAAGUCAGUCAUGUGAAGUAAAGCCAUGCCCGAUUGAUGGUCGAUGGAGUGUAUGGAGUAACUGGACUAAUUGCUCGCAGUGGUGUGGUACCGGAUAUCAAGAACGAUUUCGAGCUUGCAAUAAUCCUGCUCCACAAUUCGGAGGAAAGCCUUGCUCAGGACUCAACAUUGAUAACCAAACAUGCUUUCUUCGGCAUUGUCCAAUUGACGGUGGCUUUGGCAAUUGGAGCAAGUGGUCAGUGUGUUCAAAAGAUUGUGGUCCUGGCAUAGAAAACAGAACUCGUGAGUGUGACACUCCUAUCCCUCAGUAUGGAGGUCUUUCAUGUUUGGGCCACACGAUGCAAAGUCAACCAUGUGAAGUUAAGCCCUGUCCAAUUGAUGGUCAGUGGAGUGUAUGGAGUAGCUGGACUAACUGCUCGCAGUGGUGUGGUACCGGAUACCAAGAAAGAUUUCGAGCUUGCAAUAAUCCUGCUCCACAAUUUGGAGGACAGCCUUGCCCAGGACUCAACAUUGAUAACCAAACAUGCUUUCUUCGGCAUUGUCCAAUUGACGGUGGCUUUGGUAAUUGGAGCAAGUGGUCUGUGUGUUCAGAAGAUUGUGGUCCUGGCAUAGAAAACAGAACUCGUGAGUGUGACACUCCUAUUCCUCAGUAUGGAGGUCUUCCAUGUUUGGGCCACACAAUGCAAAGUCAACCAUGUGAAGUUAAGCCCUGUCCAAUUGAUGGUCAGUGGAAUGUGUGGAGUGACUGGACAAAUUGCUCAGAGUGGUGUGGUACCGGAUAUCAAGAACGAUUUCGAGCUUGUGAUAGUCCUGUUCCACAAUUCGGAGGACAGCCUUGUCCAGGACUCAACAUUGAUAACCGAACUUGCAUUUUAAGGCUGUGCCCCAUCGAUGGUGGAUUUGGAGAAUGGAGUCCAUGGUCUUCCUGCUCUGAACAGUGUGGUUCUGGAGUAGAAAACAGAACUCGUGAGUGUGACAAUCCAAUUCCUCAGUAUGGAGGUCUACCGUGUCUGGGCCACACGAUGCAAAGUCAGUCAUGUGAAGUAAGGCCAUGCCCGAUUGAUGGUCGAUGGAGUGUGUGGAGUAACUGGACUAAUUGCUCGCAAUGGUGUGGUACCGGAUAUCAAGAACGAUUUCGAGCUUGUGAUAAUCCUGCUCCACAAUUCGGAGGACAGUCUUGUCCAGGGCUCAACAUUGAUAACCAAACUUGCAUUUUAAGGCCAUGCCCCAUCGAUGGUGGAUUCGGAGAAUGGAGUCCAUGGUCUUCCUGCUCUGAACAGUGUGGUCCUGGUAUUGAGACCAGAACUAGAAGAUGUAAUAGCCCUCCACCUAAGCAUGAUGGUAAGCCAUGUGAAGGCCAUCGCACUGAUAGCCAGUCCUGUCAAAUCGUGCCUUGCCCAGUUGAUGGACAGUGGAGCCUGUGGAGCAAGUGGACCAACUGCUCACGGUGGUGCGGCACUGGAUUUCAGGAGAGGUUCAGAGAUUGCGAUUCGCCGCCGCCUCAGUUUGGUGGCGAGAUUUGUCCUGGGCCUAGUGUGGACAAUCAGACUUGCCUUCUGCGGCACUGUCCCGUUGAUGGUGUCUUUGGGGAGUGGAGCAUCUGGUCGGUGUGCUCAAAGGAGUGUGGGCCUGGUGUUCGAAACAGAACUCGCAGCUGCGAUAAUCCACAGCCCCAGCAUGACGGGAAGCCAUGUUCAGGUGAAAACGCUGAAAAUGAAUCCUGCGAAAUAGUGCCAUGUCCGAUUGACGGUGCCUGGGCAGCAUGGAGUGAAUGGGCAAAUUGUUCUCAAUGGUGUGGCACUGGCUUCCAAGAGAGAUUCAGAAAUUGCAAUUCACCAGCACCUCAGUUCGGUGGGAGGACAUGCGCGGGCUCAAGUGUUGACAGUCAAACCUGCUUUCUGCGCCACUGUCCCAUCGAUGGAGGUUUCGGAAAUUGGAGCAUGUGGUCGCAGUGCUCAGAGGAGUGCGGGCCAGGCACACAGGACAGGAUGCGUGAGUGCAAUGCACCUGUGCCGCAAUAUGACGGAGCAUCGUGCUCCGGCAAUCACAUGCAAACUCAGGGAUGUCAGGACCGGCCCUGCCCCAUUGACGGCCAAUGGGCUGCAUGGAGUGGCUGGACAAACUGCUCCGAGUGGUGCGGCGUUGGACUUCAGGAUCGAUACCGAGAAUGCGAUGCGCCGCCUCCACAACACAGCGGCUUGCCUUGUUCUGGUGCGGGGUCGGCAAACCGGUCCUGCUACGUGCGCCCUUGCCCGAUUGAUGGCCACUUUGGCAGCUGGGGAAGGUGGCUACCUUGCUCGACAACAUGCGGCAGUGGCCUGCGAGAGCGGCAUCGGCACUGUAACAGUCCUGAACCUCAGUUUGGCGGCAAACCCUGCACUGGAUCGCCUAUCAGCAGACAGAGCUGCGACCAAGGGCCGUGCCCGAUCAACGGGAACUUCAGCGAGUGGAUGCCGUGGUCUCAAUGCUCCGCGUCGUGCUCAGCGGGUGUUCGAACGAGGCGGCGACUGUGCGACAAUCCAGCUCCGCAGUUCAACGGCUGGCACUGUCAAGGAAUAGACCGGCAGCAGGAAGGCUGCACAGUGGUAGAGCACUGUCCUGUUGACGGGCGCUUUGGAGACUGGACGGCAUGGGAAGCGUGCUCUGUGAGCUGCGAGCAAGGCCAAACCCAUCGCCGACGCGAGUGCAAUGCACCGAGGCCCAGCCACGGGGGAUUGAGCUGUUCGGGCGCGUCCACGCAGACACGCACCUGCUACCAAGGAUACUGUCCAAUCGACGGUGUGUUUGGCAGCUGGAGCGAUUGGUCAGUGUGCUCAAGAACCUGUGGAGGCGGUAUGCAAGCUCGCAGUCGCCUGUGUGAUUCACCGCCACCAUUAUUCGGCGGGAAGGAAUGCACGGGAGAAAAUUUUGAGAGGCAGGACUGCAACCAGCAGCCCUGCCCUAUCGAUGGGGAAUUCGCCGAGUGGACAAUGUGGUCUCCAUGCUCCGCCACCUGCAAUACGGGACAGCGCAAUCGUCAGCGAAGCUGCACAAAUCCACGUCCCCAGCACAACGGUCGUUUCUGCAUCGGCAUGGCUCGUCACUCGGAGGCUUGCUUUAUACGGGUGUGCCCCAUUGACGGGAAGUUUGGUAACUGGAUGGAUUGGGGUGCAUGUCAAGGCAUGUGCGGUAAGGGAAACUGGACACGGCGACGUUUGUGUGACAACCCGGAGCCUAUGUUCGGCGGAGCCGACUGUCAGGGAGAGUCACACGAGACACAGGAAUGCAACCUUACGACACUGUGCCCCGUUGACGGCAUGUGGAGUGAUUGGGGCGGGUGGAACCACUGUUCCAAGUCAUGUGGAACAGGAGAGCAGCGACGUGUCAGAGCGUGCAACAACCCAGUGCCAGAACAUGGCGGACAGCGGUGUGCUGGUAGACUGGCACAGACACGCGCUUGCUUUCAGCAGAACUGUCCGGUUGACGGUAACUGGACUCGAUGGUCCGAAUGGUCUGACUGCUCGAGAACGUGCGAUGGUGGUGUUCGGGCACGCAGUCGCUCCUGCACCCAACCAGAGCCGCUCUACGGCGGGAACCAAUGCGAUGGAGAUGCAGCUGAGCUCGAGCAGUGCCAGCAAUCCCCUUGUCCGGUCGACGGGGAGUAUACCGAGUGGAGCACGUGGACUGAGUGUACAAAGUCGUGCGGUGGAGGGGAGCGAAUGCGCUCGCGGGCGUGCACUGACCCUGAGCCUCAACAUGGUGGCCAGGGCUGCGAUCGUCUCGGUGCAAAUGCUGAACAACAGCCGUGUAACGUAGACUCCUGUCCAGUUGAUGGAGUGUGGGAGCCAUGGAGCGCGUGGACAGAUUGUCCGGUUACGUGUGGUGGUGGCAUUCAAACCCGAAACCGCUCCUGUGUGCCACCACUCCACAAUGGCAAGCCGUGCACCGGAAACAUCAGAGAAGUGAAGACAUGCGCAAGCAUGCAGUGUCCAAAUGGGUGUGAAUUGAUCAGCUGCUACCCUGGUGUGAAAUGUACAACUAUACCAGGCUUGGCUCACAUUGGAAUCUGCGGAGAUUGUCCAGUGGGGUACGAGGGAGACGGACUCAACUGCAUCAACAUCAAUGAGUGUGAGGAAGCCCAACCCUGCGCUGAUGACACGCUAUGUCAGGACACAGACGGUGGGUUCCGGUGCUUACCUUGUACCAGUCUUGGACUGUACGUCGGAGAGAGUCGUGUUGGCAGUGGGCUCGCAGAUGCACGCAACCCCAGCAGCAAGCAGAUCUGCACAGAUGUGGAUGAAUGUGAGAGUGGCAUUCAUGACUGCUAUGCUCUCUGUGAAAAUACACCAGGUUCCUUUAUCUGUUCACCGUGUCCAGCAGGCUAUGUGGGACGCAGUGGACGUGGUUGUCGCCUGGUGGACGCUUGCGAAGCCAACCUGCAUAACUGCGAUAUCAAAUCCAACUACUGUGUCCCGAAAGGAGGAUAUGCUUUCACAUGUGAGUGCGUUGAAAUAGGUUACCUCAAGUACAACGAGUUCUGUUUCCGUGAUGAGGACUUGGACGGAGUUCCCAACAUUGCCAACCGCUCAUGCCACGGAGUCGAUGAGUGGCGAUGCAGGACGGACAACUGCCCGCAAGUGCCAAACCCACUGCAAAAGGACACGGACAGGGAUGGGGAAGGCGAUGCGUGCGACAAAGAUUCCGACAACGACGGAACUGACGACCUUUUGGAUAAUUGCAGACAAAAGGCGAAUCCCUCUCAGAGAGAUCGUGACAAUGAUGGCGUUGGCGAUGAUUGUGACAACUGUGCGUCUACAUACAACCCGGACCAGGGUGACCUCUUUCCAGGGGAUGAAGGGAACGUAUGUGAACAUGAUGCUGAUGGUGAUGGCCGACCAAAUAGCCGGGACAACUGCUGGCUUGUAGUGAACAGAUUCCAGGAAGAUCAAGAUGGUGACGGAGUCGGUGAUCACUGUGAUAACUGUGAUCGUCAGAUAAAUCCCGACCAGGCAGACCAGGAUCAGGAUGGAACAGGAGAUGCAUGUGACACGGGAGAAGACAGAGACCGAGAUGGUAUCCAGGACGACAAGGAUGUGUGCCCAUGCACACCCAAUGCCGCUCAGGCCGACCACGACCGUGGGUAUGGGGUGCGUGAUCGAGUGAACGACGCAUGUGACCAGGAUGAUGACAACGAUUUGAUACCGGACAGUGAGGAUAACUGUAUAUUGGUCCCUAAUCCGCUUCAAACCACAUCGCGAUACAAUAGAAGCAUCGGCGAGGCAUGUUACAAUGACUACGAUGGCGACGGGACACCUGAUGAAGAGGAUGUUUGUCCAUACAACGCGGUCAUUUGGAAAACUCACUUCAAGCUCUACCGCAGCAUUACACUGGAAGAAUCGGCCAUUGCAGCACAUAACCUCACCAACUGGGAACUGGUCGUUGAGAGGGAGUGGGAGACGCCACGGGCAGGUGACCCGUCAGUCAUUAUCAGUCGAUUUGCCUUUAACAAUGUAACGUUCUCGUCCGAUGUGUUUGUCAACUCAAACGAUGGCGACGGCUUCAUCGGCAUUGUGUUCAGCUAUCAGAGCGUUCAGAACUUUUACGUGGCCCUCUGGAAAAGGACGGCCGAGCGUCGGGAAUUUCGCGGGAGAAGUGUCCUAUCCAGUACCAGUGUGAUGAUAAAGCGCAUAUCAGCCACCAGCUUCGGUACCUUGCGGGAGGCUCUCUGGUCUGACAAUGACCUCGUCGAUCAGGACGGUGAGUUGGUUUCCAAAGUUCUUUGGAGCGACAUCAAACUGCAGAGGGGCUGGCUCCAUAGGCAAACGUAUCGCUGGGAGAUUCAGCAUCGGCCAGUGGAGGGUGUGAUAAGGCUGAUCAUUUACGAGGGUCCGCGGAAAGUGAUCGACUCCGGCGAACUACUGGACACCGAUCCACGGUACCGCCUGAAUGGCGGUAAAGUGGGCAUAUUUGCCUACGAUCAGCAGUACGCUCACUUCUCGCGCGUCAACUACAAGUGCAAUGACCUGCAUCCCAGCCUACGCUCUCACGCAAUAUUACCCUGUGACAUUCGCAGGACUUAAUAAGGCUGUAGAUCCGAAGGUCUCAACUUUCUUCCGGGUCCUUCACUGUCGCAGUCACUACAGUUUCAUGAGUCACACUGUUUUAUCUAAAAUAGGGUGGUAACUUGUGACCAGUAACACUGAUGGCCCUUGCCAAACAAAGACACUGUCUGCUGGCUGGUUUCAGAUCAGUACUGAAGACCUCGAGCAUAUCCAGUGUAUUUGCAUGGCUUCAGGGGAAUUUAGUCCCUCCAUCAAUCCCUGGCCAAUGCAGUUCAGCAGCUCAGCAGCUUUGGCACUGAGAUCAAGAAAUAUCCUUUUUUUCUGAUUAUCCCCAACUCACCAAUGUGAAAAAUGACCAAAUCAUACGUUUCGGAUUGUUUUCCGGGUUCAGGACUGUCCCACUUACCACCUCACAUACUGAUGGACUCCUAGUGACUAGUGGCUUGAACUUUUUUCUUCUUUUUCUUCUUUUCUUGAGCCACUGUGAACUGUGUUUUUCCUCCUUUCUGUACAUUUCGUGAAUACUUGAUCGCAGAGUAUGUGCUGACUGAA